UGUUAUGCUGACUGUGCUAUAAAUUUACCAGCGCAGCAAAGGAGACGCUGUGUCUAUCAUAUCAGUCUCUGUGUAUGUGUGUCUAUGGCCAUGGUGCAGUGAAGCUGACUGGGAAACAGGAAACGAGCUAGCUAUAGAGGUAGCCGAGUGUUGAAGAAGAGUAUACAGAAUGGCUAGUAAUGGCUCUACAGAAGUGGACCAGAAUAGCUCGACAGAGGAUCACUCCUUUGACUUGCACAGAGCAGCUUUCCAUGGUGAUGUAGACGAAGUGAGAGAGGUGUUGGAGACUGUCAAACUUGAUGAUCUAAAAUCACAAGACAAACAUGGGAAUACAGCUCUUCACAUAGCUGUUAUGCUCGGCUAUAAGGCUGUCAUAGAGGAGCUGGUAAAACAUGGCUCCCCUGUGAAGGAGAAGAACAACCUUGGCUGGACCCCUCUGGACGAGGCCAUUAGCUAUGGGGACAGGGACACAAUCAUACUCUUAAUUAAAACUCUGAGAGGUCAGAUUGCCGCCGGCAUUGUUGAGAGGAGACAAGAAUUGAUACGAUCACUAGUAGCACUGGAGGACUUCCACAUCAACCUGAGGUGGGAGUUCCACACUUGGGUUCCGUUCCUCUCUCGGAUGCUCCCCUCUGACGUGUGCAGGAUCUACAAGAAAGGGGCGUCUAUCAGAGUGGACUCGAGCAUUGGCAAUUUUCAGGAGAUGAAGUGGAGUCGUGGAGACAAGUCGUUCAUCUUCAACGGGGAGGACACCAAUAGUUCCCUCACCAUGGUCAUCCUUGACAACGAGAAGAAGGAGUUCGAGCGAAAGAAGCUGCUUAGAAGUGACGACAAUCAUGGAGCCCUCCACGAGCGUGUCACUGACCUCAUGUCCCAUCCCAUUGUCUAUGCCAACAUGUCCACCAAGCCCAUCACUGUCUCCAGAGCAUUGGCUGGGUGGUGGUUCUUCAAGGGACCCAGAUCCGAACAAGUUGGAGAGUAUAAUACUGACGUUUAUGACAUCACUGAUCUUAUCCUGAUAUCAAGAAAGAGACGUGAUCACCUGACCCCAGAGCAGAUCAAAGAGUUUGAACACUUACAGAAGAAGCUGGAGUCGGGACGUAUAGAGGAGAAGGACUUUGAGGACGAUAAAGAGGAUCGUGACCUCAUCCCCUCAAUGCCCCCUCCUGAGAAGCCCACCAUCACCUGGGACCAGUACUGCCACGCCCCCACUGACCAAGACCCCCCUCACCUGGGCCGGCCAAUGGACCUCAAGGUGGAUAAGAAACACUUCAAAGCAUCUGUUUGGAUGGCUGAAGAGUGUCCGAUAAAGUUACAAAAACUACUGGACAUUCUUGAGGUUAUAGUUCCGUAUAAGCACUUCCACAAGUUACGUCAGUUUGUCAAAAACAAGAUACCAGAAGGCUUCCCUGUCAAGCUAGAGAUCCCAGUGUUCCCCACGGUGACGGCCAUAGUGACCAUGGAGGAGUACAAAACAUGUGACACUCAGGACUCAAAGUUCCUCAUACCAAGAGACUACACAAAGUUUGAGCCCAAAGAAAAUGAAGACAAUUGCAAGGCAUCAUCAUAGCCAUACGUGUAGUGUUCAUCUUAUAUAAUACUUAUAAAUAUAGAUCAAAACAGACUUGAGUUUGUUGUUUCAGUUAUUAUAUAAAAGUUUAUUUUUUGCAAGCACAUGAUUUAUUAUUAAUGUGG